AUGCAUUGCUUGGAUGUGGUGGCGCGCGUCGUGCGUCAGCUGCGUGAAGCAGAGUUCCACUGUGCGGAGAAGGAAUUUCUACGACUGGCGAGGCAUGAAUUGUCGAGCGCUUCCACCCAGAGCCUGAUCGCAGCUUGUGCGGACGUAGAUGUCACGCGAGCCAGCGGUUGGCUUCAAGUCUUGAGGAAGAACGGGCGACAGAUUUCGCCCAAGAGCUUUCAGUUGGUGGUGGAUGCCUUGAUCAAAGAAGUUCGGAUGGUGGAGGCAGAAGAGUUGGUUCUGAAGAUGUUGGAGUGUCCUAUUUCUGUGAUCUCGGGUGGUUUGGUGGCCCUCUUCCGGCAGUUGGAGCUGGAACGGAUCGAGGAGUUGCUGCUGAAGCUUCGGCAAGUAGGCUCCCGCCAUUGGAUUUUCGGCCUAUCAGUCCUUCUGCGGUCUGAGAGGCACAUCAGCUGCAUCGAGGAUGUGGAAGUGUGGAUGCAACGAGCCAUUGACGCCAAGGUGCCAUUGGAAGGAAACCUCUUCAACAGCUGCAUCACUGCUUUGGCACGCUUAGGACAUCCUGUUCUCGCCGAAAAAUGGCUGAAGAGGAUGGUGUGCCACGCGGCGCCAGAUCCCAACUCCAUCGCCACGGUGAUUUCGGCCUACAAAACAGCCAAGAAGCGACCCGUGGACAACUACCUGCAGCGAAUCAAGGCGAAGGAAUUGCACUUGGACGUAUGCGCCUUCAAUCAGAUCAUCAAGAGUUGUGUUCACCUUGAGGACGUAGAUGAUGCUCACCGAUGGCUGCACCUCGCCACGGAGAUCUGUGAUGGUCCUUCCUUAGAUUCGCUUUGGUAUAGCACGGUCAUCGGCCUCAGUCUACGUGUGGGCAAGGCAGAGAUCGCUGAACGUUGGAUCACGUUCCAAGUGGAGCGAGGUUUCACCAAAGAUCCCUCCAGCUUCAAUGCCGUGAUCACCUGCCACGCUCGGCAAGGGACUUUCCAGGCGGCAGAGCGCCUGGUUCGCUUCAUGUGUGAGCAGGGCGUGGAGCCGGACCUGGUGACCUUGGGCGCGGCCGUACACAGCUGCGCCCGGGGCAACCGCCCGCGGAAGGCCGAGGAGAUGUUUCAGAUGAUCGUGCAGCGUGGACACACUCGUCCCGAUGUGGUGGCCUUCAAUGCUCUCAUCGACGCCUGGGUCCGUGCCGAAGAUGUGCAGCGGGCCGAAGAAUGGCUGCGGCAGAUGUUGGAGGCACAAGUAGAACCGUCGGUGGUGAGCUAUAGCUCCAUCCUGCACGCCUAUGCCAAGCAAGGCAACAUCGAGGCUGCAGAAAAAGUGAUGCAGCAAAUGAAGGAGAAGAAAUUGGAGACCUUGAUCAACGCCUGCGUGAAAGCGGGCGACAUCCCACGGGCUGAGAAGUGCGGCACGAAAGAGGCCAUCGAGAUAGUCAACGGAUUUGGUGGUGGGGCUGUUCUCUAUGUCUUCGACCUGAGGAAGGCAGAGGCGGACGGUUUCAACGGCGCCGAGCUCGUGGCGCAACGACAGGAGACCGUCCUGAAAUCGCUGGCUGGCAUCUCUGACUUGGGCUUGGCAGUGGGCCUUGUGAACCGCAGUGUGAAUCUGUACCGUAUAUCUGAUCUUUUGAGCACACAGCAGCCGUACAAACGUCUCACAGUGGUGAAGUCCUUUCCAACCAAGUUAGGUUUCGUCCAUGGUGCAUACCUGGCUGUUGGCACUGCUGAGAAUCAGGUGGAGACCUUUGGGUUGAAGCGCUUGCUGCGCAGCAAGAGCAGAGGGCAAGCCAGUAUGAUCAUUCCCAUCGAGAGCCGUGUGGUGGAUUUCUUGGAGUUGCCAGGCCAAGGUUUGGCGGUGGCAGGUCUACAACAUGUUCACUUCUUCAGCGCUUCCGCCACGCAGUUGACCAGUUCCCGACACACAUCCUUUGCCAGUCUGAGUUUCUGCAUGGAGAGUGCAGGCGUCAGGGGCCGCAUCUUGGGCUUUCAGCCCUUGUCACAACAGAGGGUCAUGGUGGCGCUGCCGGAUUGUCUGGUGCUCUGCAAGCUGGAGCUUCCAAACGCAAACGUCUACAGGUAUGCCGGAAAUUUUCUGCUGCCGGACAGCAGCCAUACCAAUUUUAUGGCGCUCUCAUUUGCAUCUCUGGAGAUACCUCAAGCCAACCUUCUUGCGGUUGGGGGCUGUGGUCAAAACUUGGUGCUCCACAAUCUUUCGGAUGCGACGACCGUUCGCGAGACAAAUUACACCACGCAUCUGAGAACCACUUUGAUGGUCCAAGCAUUGGCUUCCCACGGGACGACUCUGAUGGCGGGUACUCAAAACCACGUCUAUGUUUGGACCACGGAAGACUUCAGGCAGUGGACCAGGGUGGACCGCAUUUUACAUCACGGAAACUGUUGGGACUUGGCCUAUCUGGGCAACGACCUGUGGGCCGCGGCUAGUGAGAUGGAGGUGGUAACGCUCUACCACUUCGAUGGCGCCUUGAAAGCCUUGAAGACACUGGGGGUGAAAGGCCCUGCGUAUGCGUUGAGCCCUCUGAGCGGAUCGUUACUGGUGGUCACGGAUUUUUACCUUCACCUCUUUCAGGCAGAAGCGUUGGACCCUGCGCUGCCUCUGAAUUUCUCGGCGGCAGAGUUGCCGGUGAACGGUGUGAAUAGCCCGCCACCGGCCAAUAGCAUCAGCAUUGUUGGCAACGCCAUCUUGGUGGGCCUGGAACUCUACAGGCCCCGCAAUCCAGAUGCGGAAUGUGCACAGGGCACAUAUUCUCCGCCCGGCGCCUUCGAGUGUCGGCUUUGCCCAGAUGGAUGGACGUCCUUUGGGGCGGCAGGCAGUUGUUCGUAUCCAAACGGCGACACCCUGCUGUUCAUGAUUAAGUUGCUUUUUCUAGCACUUUUGGUCUUCGUUUGGAUGGUCCCGCAACUCCUACGACGCUUGAUGAAGAUGUCCAACGUGUCCGUCUUCGCGGAAGCGCCUGACGGGGUCCACACACCCACGGAGAAGGUGGCCUCACAGGCGAAGCAGUUGUUGAAGGCGGCUGCGCCAUAUGCCUUGGUUUUAGCCUUCCCCGUCUAUGCCGGCCUUUCCCCGGGCCGUUUGUUGGCCCUGGCACCGCUGGGCUCGGCGCUGCUGGCGGCCUGGCCCGCGAAGCCCAGCACCGCAAGGGCGGGGCUGAUCUGUUUGGCGGCUUCGUCCUUCGUCUGCAGCGUGAGCCUCGCGGUGUUUUUGUGCCAGGUUUGUGGCGUGCUGCGCUUUGCCAAUUUGGCGAUCUCUGGUUGCAACGCAUACUUCACCCUGCAAAUUCGAAGGUGGCUCAACAAUUCCUUUGUUGAUACGCAAGAUGGAAUCAGGGCCAACACGGCGGGUGUUCGGGUGAUCAUCAUGCUCUCCGCCGUCCUCUACUUCUCCUCCGGUUGUUUGGUUGUGCUGAAUCUGUCGCAGCAUCAUGGCCAUGAUUUCAGCCAGGUCUGGACUCCAUUGGGUGUUGCAGAACCCAGUGACACGUUUCUACCGACCUAUUUGCUGGCCGUUUCCACCGCUCUUUCGAUGGUGGCCUUGGGUUUUGCAGCCAAUGCGUGCCUGGAGGCUGAGGAGCUCCACCAGCCGAGCCUGUGGGCCAGAGAUGAAAAGGUGCCACCGGCGAAGUUGCCCCGACGCUGUCGCGUCCCAUGGCUACUGCGGCUGAGCAGCUGGUGCAAGUCCUGGCGCUUUCGGCAUUUCCUCUUCUUGGCCAGUGCCUUGUAUGACUCCUACACUUUCUACCGUGGUUUGCAAACCUCCAAGAAAGCCCUGAGCUCACAGAUGUACGACUUUGCAGCGAUCUUGUUCUUUGCCCUCUUCACCGCCUCGAUCAACGCAAUGGCCCUGCUGUUGGAUCAGUUCCGGAUGCGCCUCCCUGAGCUCGGAGAUCGCAACUUCCGACUGAGUUCGCUGUGCAAGUGCAUCUUGUUAUUCCUGAAACUUCGGGUGCUCAAAGUGCCAUUGGUGGUCUUUGCUCACAUGGACAGCACCUGGCUCACUGAAUACAGCGGUUACAUUCGCGAGAAGGAUGAACGAAUCCCGAUUUGGAUGUGCUCCGAUACCCUCUCCUGCCCGUUUCGCUGCCGAGACGACCUGGCAGGCAACUGCACCUACACCAGUCAGCCGGUGUACCUGGGAUGUUUCUGUCAGUAUUCCACUGCGGGAAUCCCUGUUGUGUCGGAUCGCUUCGUGGUCUUUGGGAAUUGCUUGAUCUCUGCCUGCAUCAUUGCUUUGCUCACCAACUCGCGGAUGCGAACCCGGGGCUUGUUUCGCUUUCCGGAUCUCUCCCUCUUUGCGCUUGGCUGCGUCACCUUUCUACCAACAGCAUUCAUUGCCAUCAACACGGUCUACCUCUCAGUGCCCCAACUGGCCCGGAUGCACCUGGAUUCCUGGAGCGACUUUUUGGUCCUCACGGUCCCUGCGUUGAUCUUCGUGGUCAUGGCCAACGAAAUGGCCAGGCGCAUUGAAACAGCCUGGAAAUUCCGCUUCCUGGGCCAUGAAGAACGCGUGAAACUCCGAUCUUCGGAAGGUCAAUGGCAGGUGGUGGACGGGGCCCCGCACCUCUUGGGUGCGCGAGUGGAAGCGCUGGACGGAGAGGGGCGCUCCUUGCUGCGCACGGGAAGCGCCGUGACGGUGCAAGGCCCUGCGGUGUUGUUCUUCAAGAACCCACACAGGUACGGAUCCUUAUGGGUUUCCUCUGGAUUUCGAGCCUUGACACCUCUGGCGCAUCUCAGUACAUUGCUGGCCAUCUAUCAGGUUUGGCAGCGUCUCUUUCAGGGCGUCAUCUUCGUAGAUGUCCUGAUUCUCCUGGUGCUCUCCGGCGCCAGCGGUGUGUUGAAUUUUACUCUCAUGGAUGAAGAGGUGGUCAGCCUGAGCAUCCGGCGACCCUCGCGGACGCGAUCCUCGCUGACGACGCAGAUCCUCUUCGACGAUGCAAAAGACGACUCCAGGACAGGCAGCGGUCGCUCGGUGGAACUGCAGCCCGCAUGACCCGAGGAGCGCGAGGACGUAUGACUCCGACUCGACCGGCGCAGCGAGACGCGGGUCGUAUCUCAGGUGACCGGCGAGAUCCACAUCAACGGCGGCAACGGCGGCAACGGCGGCAACAGCGGUCCCGUAAAGCGACCCCAUGCAGGGCAGAUGUUGUUGGAAAC